ACUUCCUAAGUUACAUAUAAGAAAAAAUGAUGUUGAAUGAUUCUUAACUGCUGUUUGUAGGUAUUACACAAUAUAUCCAAAUUGAAAAACUAAUCCUGCAAUGAUAUUUUUAGAACUUGGGCUUCAUAAGUGUUUUGUAGCACAGCUGUAUUAGAGGGCAGCUGUCAGAUUAUUAAAUUAGAUGUUUUUAGGUGCCUUUAUUUGUCUCACACAUUACCCUCUUGACCUUGCUUUAUUAUUCUUUUUGAUUUGUGUAGUAGUAACUGAAAUCCAGAAUGAUUUUUGUACUACACUGGAGAGGUUUUGAUGUUACAAGUAAUGAUAAUAUUCCUACACUCUGAGCAUAUUGCCACACAGACACUUUACAUACAUGCAUCUGACUGCUGUUGUAUUCCAGCAUGCACUGAGACCCGUUUUAUUCUGUUACUCUGAAAGUGCAUAGAAAUGCCAGGAUAAUUAUUCACGUCAUUCACGUUUGUUUUAUUUACAUGAACACAAUAUUAGUCAAUAUAUUUUAAAUGUAUUGGCCACUACAAAUAGGUGCUAUUUUGAGCUCUGGGGAGACAAUUUAAAAUAAAAUGUCACACGACUUACCAAAGCCAUUUUCAUAUUUUACUAUUGCUCUGAUUUGAGCCAACAUUUAAUUUAGAAGGAUGUCAUAAGACCAAAUCUGCAGAAUCCUAAAGAAGCGCAGCAACAGGAGUUCUCGCCCGUGUCGCAACGGGAUGGACUGAAAUAGCGCUGUAAACAGUGUGGCUGUGAGCGCGUACGCAUAAACAGAGCUUCGUGACUACAGCUUCUCCAUCAUAGUAAUUAAAACCCAGAAUGGAUUUGACUUUAUGACACUCAACACUGGCUCCUGUGGCUAUCACCUAAUAUCCUGUCUCAUUACAAAGUCUUAAAAUGUCCUGGACCGGGACUUGUUUACCCGACAAUACGGACAGGGUCUAGAAUUACACAGCCGACAAGGGGGGUGCGAGUUUUAAUCCAACCUCUGGGGCUGUUACGUCACGCAGCAGCCAGCUGCUGUGAGGAUGCUAACGUAAAUGUUUUUCAACAAGUGAAGGCACUGGAGCUGCCAGAGAAACUUCAGAGCGCACAUCCCUCUAACGCUUGUGUGGUGUCUGUUUCCGCUUUAUAAAAGAGCUGCUCCAGAGGCUUUGGGAUCAUCGGGCCGGAUUCCGCCUUCUGGACCGCAGUGUUAUAAUGCAGCGGUUGCGUACUUAAUUAAAAGUAAAAGACAAACAACAGUUUCACGAAGAACCUCAGCCAGGACUGGGAGCAGCAUCCGAGGCGGCGACUAGAGCACAGACCAGCAGACUCGAUUUCCAGGCACAGCAUUCGCGUCUGAAAAAGAAAUGCGAAGAGCUGAAGAAGCGCUACGGACGAGAAAAGGAUGAAUGGAUGAGAGAAAAAGAACAACUAUUGAGAGAAGUGGCUGAUAUACAAGGUGGGGAAAACAGAAGGAUUUUGCUGGAUUUAAGGUCCGUUUUGGGAGACGUUCAGUCGGAUUUAAAACGGGAGGAGUCGAAGAGAAGUGACUUGCAGCUGCAGUACACGAAGGACCGGUGUGCUUGGGACCUAGAGAGAGCAGAACUGAAAUGUCGCAUCGCACAGCUGGAAGCGCAGCGGAGUAACGCGCGUCUGGACCAGGCGGGCCCCGGAGCGGAGCGGAAGAGGUUGCUGGCGGACACCCACACGGUGGCUAUGGACCUGCGCCGGCAGCUGGAGCACAGCGAGCAGGGCUGGCUGAGAGAGAAGGGGGAGCUGCUGGAGCGCUUCGACGGCGAGAGGAGGGAGUGGGAGAGCCAGCUGAGGGACAUGCAGCAGCGCAUCGAAGAGCUGUACCAUGAAGUAAAGGCAAGACGGGAGGGCGCUGUGACUGGGCAGGAGCAUGGGACCCACGCCGAAGCACUGAGGCUCAAUUUACAUUCCGGCCGUUCUGGAUCCAGUGGCCUUACCGGCCCUGCGGAUCAAAGGUUUGACCAUGUCACAGAGCACGACAUUUCAGAGGCAGAGGAGACUCUUCGCGACAGUUCUGGACAGAAAUUAAGAAGCUUUCCAGUGCCUAUGGGAAACGAGCCAUCCAUCAAAUCAUCUAACAGCUUCCAAAAUAGUAAUGACUGCCAAAAUAAUGGGACAUGUGGGAAUGACAAAAAGAAAUAUACCAGCGCUCUUAAUGCGGCAUUAAAGGAAAUAGCAAAAGUAAGUGAGGAGCUGUGCAGCUAUCAGGAUGAAAUAAGAAAAACAAGUCUCCAUAGAAGGAGCAGAACUCCGUCGACAUCAUUUAUGAAGGAAUUUGAGGAAGCCCAGAAUAUAAAGAACAAAGCUUUUCCACCGUUUCAAUCAAACAACGGAGACUUGGCUUUGAAUUCAAAAUGGUCCGGAGAUUUGAGUAUUACAGAGGAAGAAAGCAACAGCAUUAACGGGGUCAGCAUGACCAGGGACUUGAAUGACAGCUUUGGAAAUGAAGCAGACUCAGGGACUAAUCCGUCUCUGAGGAAGAUAGAAGCCCCGCCGGUUCCUCCUCGCACAACAUCCUGGUAUUUAACGAGUUCAGCAGCCCCUGAACCUGCGGACCUUCAUCUGCCUGAGUCCAAAAAAACCCGGGAGACACAGGAAUCACUGAGUGAGAGGAAAUGCAGCAGCCCAUCAGUUCUGAAAAAGUUUGGAGCCAUGCUUCAAGAAAACGAAGGAAAAACACUUACAGAGUCUGGAAUUUUUACCCACAUCGUGCCUGCAGAUCCUAAGUGUAACAUUGGCUGCUGUCAUAGUAGGUGGUCAUGUGAUAUAAGUAGGUUUGGCAGCAGUAAGUCAUCCACAUAUUUGCCUGUCCAAAAAAGUCUGUCGGACGCCAACAUUUUUCCAGCUGAUACAGAGUAUUGCCCAGACUACAGUGCGCUUGAGAAUGCCAGUUGCACAAACGUGCAGGUUCAGACUGUAAACAAAGACAUUACAAGAAAAUGGAACUCAUCUUUCAGUUCAGCAGAAAAGGGAAAGUGCACCUUGGGCACACCUUCCACGUACAUUGAAAUGAGCACGCCAAAGAACAAUGAGACUUUAGCAUUGAAAACUGCUGAAUUCAACAGAACUUUGUUCCAGGUGGAUGCGAGUAGUGCUUUAGAGGAGGACAAUGUGAUGUUUGCUGCAGUCACUGCAAGUUCUAGACCCAGUGGUUUGAAUGUAGACUGUGCACUUCGUUAUACAGAGCAUAUGGAUGCUAAUCUCCAUAGUCCAGACAAAAAAGUCUCAGCCUUAACUGAGUGUGUACCAAAUAGUCAUGUAAAUAACACUAGACUGAAAGGCCAGGGAAUAAAAAAUGUCUGUUCUCUCUGGGUUGACAACGCCAAUGGCCAGCAGGACCUCUGGAGACCAAGCAACUUAGCUUCAUGUCCUCGGCCAGUGGAUCCAAGCUCCAAUGAUGGAGCUGUUGAAAAGACUCUGAAGGGCUUUGAGCAGUCCGCUCCUUCCUACCAGACUUCUAAAUGUGGCUGUUGUCGGCAGCAGACCCCUAAUUCUGGAUCUUCCCAAACUCGGCGAGACAGCCUCGUCGAGCUCUUAGACAUGCUUCAAGCCGAACACGAAGCCUCAAGACUUUCAGGCCCCAGACUUCCCAGCCCGAGACUUUCAGAUACUCCUCCCGUGUGGUCGGAUACGCACAAGGGGAUGGAGCUGAAAAUGAACGAGGGCAAUGAUGAACCUCCCUCCUUCUCAACCAAGAAGAAUUUCGCUCGACCCGCCCGGCCGGCAAACAGGCGUCUUCCAGCCCGCUGGGCCGCACGGUCGCCUUCUGCCUCUUCCGCGCAGAGACGCCAUUUUUCCUUCUCCCGCCACCCCGCGACGGUCAUCGUCUGAGCCCCGACAGACGCAGCCCGGCCCCCGCCGCCGCCGCUAGUAUACCUUAUCGCUCUUUGACAAUGCCUUUUAUCUUCUGUAAAUACUUAACUGUUAUUUGUACUGAGCUAUUAAGUGCUUUAAUUGUGUACAUCGACGUACGCAAUAUGUUUUUAGAAUGCAUUAUUUAGAAAUGGACAGAUGAUGCUUACUUCCGAGUCUCCAGCAUUUUCAGUGGCCUACUGUACUUCUGUACUGAUUUGAAUCACAACAUUCUACCAGUUGUUUUUUUUUUCCUUACAAUUUGUUUAAUUAUAAUCUUGUGUAUGUUCUACAACGUUCUGCCAGCGGCAGCCAUGUCAUUGUUACAUGCAUGCUAAUGUGUUUGUUGCAUGUCUGUGUUUAUGAGUAUAUCAGACAUUAUGUAGGUUAUUAUUAACAGACAAUAGACUGAUAUUGUACUUUUCACUAGCAGUUAACCAUCUGUUUACUAUAUUGUCGUUCAACAUGAUUAUGAUAUAUAAUACCAAUUUUAAGUGUUAUAGUAACUGACAGUGAAACAUGUAAUGAGAGUGACGUGUUUUAUUGUCUUUUUCUGAUAAUAAAUAUUUCAAUGCAUUUAUUAAAGUGUGUACUGCUGGAUAUUUUAGAAAAAU